AUGAACGACACCCCCAUCGGACCCCUCCUCCAGGUUGUCUUCGACUCAAUCCUUGAGGUAUUCCUGAUCUGUGUGGCAGGGUAUAUUCUUGCCAGGACAGGAGUGCUUGACAGGAAGACGCAGAAGCAAAUCAACCGCCUAAAUGUCUCAUUGUUCACGCCUUCGCUCCUGUUCUCCAAGGUCGCGUUCUUCUUGUCGCCAGCCAAACUUCGUGAACUAUGGAUCAUCCCGAUAUUCUUCGUGGUCACUACGGCCGUGUCGAUGAUUGUCGCGUACCUUCUGAGCUGGUUGUUGAGGCUGAAGAGAUCGCAGAGGAGUUUUGCGAUUGCCGCCGCGAUGUUCAUGAACUCCAAUUCUUUGCCGAUCGCCUUGAUGCAAAGUCUCGUUCUCACUGUUCCAGGCCUGAAAUGGGGCGAAGACGAUAAUAAUAACGCUAUGGUAGGAAGGGCCUUGACUUACCUGGUGCUGUACUCCACGCUCGGCAUGAUGCUGCGAUGGAGUUAUGGUGUUCGCCUACUGUCAAGCGCAGAUCCAGAGGCCUCUGAGGCGGAAGCGCGGCCGGCGGCACCGCUUAUCGAGUCUGAUGAGACUGCCUUCCCAAACUCGGAGGAUGAACAGCGUAUACUCCGCCAUCGAGCGUCACUUGAGUCAUCCGAGUCGGACUCGGACGACUCCAAGACCAUCGUGCGGGGGCGAGACUAUGCGGUCAAGGACCCAAACUCAUCCUCCUUCCCCAGUUCGCGAACGCAGGCAUCCGCGUCAGCUGCGCCUUCGGAGUAUUACGCCGAAGAGGAAGAGGAAGUUGGAUACCCUGCUCGGGGCACAAUUACGGAGCCGACAUCGACAUUAUGGCAGUCCCGGAUGCGGCGUCUGAAGCACCGGCUGGGCAGAUGGUGGAACACGUUCUACGAGUUCAUGACCGUACCGCUCUGGGCGGCGAUACUGUCGCUGAUCGUCGCCUGCAUCCGGCCGCUGCAGCACGCGCUAGACGAGCAUGUGCAGCCGGUGAAGGGCGCGUUGACCGCGGCAGGGAACUGCUCGAUUCCGCUCACGCUCGUCGUGCUUGGCGCGUACUUCUACACACCGCCGGAGGAGGGCGCGGGCGCGAGGCUGCCAUCGCACAAGACGCAGGCGCGGGCGCGGAGCCCAAGCAUGGCGAGCUGUGCGUCGUUCAUGGACAAUAUGCGCGAGAUGUUCAGCAUGCGCCGGUGGGACGGGGAGCAGCGUCCGAAGAGCAGCGAGAUGCGCCCUGGCGAGACGAAAACGGUGUUGGUGGCGGUCGUCGCGCGCAUGUUCGUGACGCCGUUGCUGCUGCUGCCACUGAUGGCGUAUGCGGCGAAGUUUGACGUGCAGGAGGUGUUUGCUGACCCGGUCUUCGUGGUCUCGAACGUGCUGCUGAUUGCGUCGCCGCCUGCGCUGACGCUGGCGCAGAUCACACAGGCAGCGUCUGGGGAUGCGUUCGAGCGGCUGAUUAGUCGGACAAUCUUCUGGUCAUAUUGCAUUGUGACGCCGCCCUCGACGAUCAUCUUUGUUGUCGUCGGACUGAUUUUCACGAAGCUCUGAACUGCUUCACAUACUCACGCAUGUUAUUCCCUUGAGAUUGGUCUGUGAUUCUCGAGUCUCUCACCUUUUCCUUGAUAGGGUUUGUCGGGUGUGGUCCUGUUGGCGUCCUCGAAGGGAGAUUGCAUGAAGAGGGCAUCCCCCUUCCAGGGUUGUCGAGCAGCCAAGUUGUAGAACGUAGCUCACGCAGUUAGACUUUUUAUCUCUCAAUUGAUUAUAGAUACGCAAUGUACCAUUAUCUGCCGACUUGAA